AUGGAUAGGUUUCUAGUGAGGACCAACAAGGCAACAGACCCACCGCCAGCUGUAAAAAAGCUUCGAAGGUAUGAUGAAUCCUACCUGCAAUUUGGUUUUACGGUCACGGCUGAUCUGAGACCUCAGUGUGUCGUGUGUGCUGAGGUGCUGGCAAACGACAGCAUGAAGCCCUGCAAGCUUAAAAGACACCUCGAAACGAAACAUGCUGCCAUUAAAGACAAGCCGGCAGACUAUUUUAAACGAAAGCUUGAUGGCCUCCAUCAGCAACAGGCAUCCAUUUCAGUCCACAGCACUGUGUCGAAACAGUGUUUGGAGGCAUCGUAUGUAGUGGCCAAAAGAAUCGCUAAACUGGGUAAACCGCAUACAAUUGCCGAGACUCUGGUUUUGCCGGCCGUGCAGGAUAUGUGCAGAAUAAUGUUAGGAGAUAGUGCAGCAGCCAAACUUGGGGCAGUCCCACUCUCCAAUGAUACAGUCGCAAGGAGAAUAUCAGACAUGUCAAACGACAUCAGAGAGCAACUUGUACAGUUUAUCAAUCAGAGUCCUUACUAUGCGCUGCAGCUGGACGAAUCAACUGAUGUCGCUGGACAGGCACAGCUCCUCGCAUAUGUCCGAUAUCUGCGCGACAAGGCCAUUGAGGAAGAUGUUCUGUUUUGUCGGCCUCUUAAAUCGCACACCACAGGAGAAGCUGUAUUUGAUGUCAUUAAUGGGUUUGUGCGUGAAAAUGGUCUGGCUUGGGACUGA